AUGACAAAUGAAACAUCUAAAACGGUUUUUCUUGCUGGUUGUGGAGGUGGCUAUGAUAUAUUUGGUAGUCUACCAUAUUAUUUUAAAAUGAAAUCUUCUGGAAAUUAUGAUGUCACACUUAUCAAUUAUGCUUUCACUGCACAUCAUAUUUUAUCUAAAUACAGUCAGCAAUUAACAAAAUUACUCUUUCGUGUUGAUCCAAGAACAGACGUUAGCUGGCUGACAGAUAAUGUUUACUUUCCUGAACAACGUCUUGCUAAUGAACUUCGAGUGCCUAUUUAUGCAAUCUUAUGUAAUUAUGAUGAAACACGUAUUGACUUAAUCGUCGAAGCCUAUAAAUAUUUAAUACAAGGACGUAUCAUUGAUGAACUUGUUUUGAUUGAUGGUGGCUCAGAUGUUUUAUUAACAGGCAAUGAAAAACAAUUGGGAACUCCGGUUGAAGACAUGUCACAUGCACGUGCUGUUCAACUUUUGUCUUCAGAUCAGGUUAAAUCAAAAUGCAUUGUAGUCAUCGGCACUAAUCUUGAAGUAGGUCAUGGUGUUCUUAAAUCUGAUAUUGAUGCGCGAUUAACUGCUCUUUCUCCUCAUGCUGACUUUACAUGGUUGUGGCAAUAUGAACAUGAUGAUGCUGUUCGCUACUAUGUAGAUAUUUUUAGUCGCUGUUGUCCUCGCCAUUCGAUUGUACAUAGUCUCAUUUGUGCUGCAUUGCAAGGCCAAACGGGAUACUAUUUACCUGAACACUUACGUGAUCGUAUUACUAAAUCAGUUGUUUCAAUUAGUCAAGAAACAUGUAUUGCAAUCGGUUAUCAUUUCGAUGAUGUUAUGCGUGAAAAUGUCUACUUUAAACAAUUGACUCCUGAAAUGAACUUGAAACAAGUUCAUGAUGUUAUUUUUAGUAAAAAAUGGAAAUGA